AUGUCGAACCCAGGAGAUGUACCGUCGUCCUCUCGCCCUCGGCCAGUUCCAAUAUCGUCUUCGCCGAGCUCGAGUUUCUCGAGAGGGCGUUCUGGAUCUCCUCUUACUCGAGAGACCUCAACAGCUCGAUUAGCCUCCCCAGUCCCGUCGCACAGCACAGUUGGCACACCACAGGCACGCCAAACCCCUAGUCAAGCUGGGCCAGGCUCUUUGGUCUCGGGAAGUUUGACCCCUCUUGCUGGUCCUCCACCCCACUCUUCCCUGCCCGGGCCGGGAGUCUCAGCUCUCGCAGCAGCUCUUUCGAACUCGUUUGGUCAGUCACCACCAAAAUUUGGCACACCGCCAGUCAGGCCUCCAUCACCAAGUGCGGCGGCUCACCAGCUAUUACCAUCGGGAGCGCCUCAAAGCAACUAUGGCUCAUUCGACAGAGCUAGAUCGAUACAAGGGGCCCCAGGGUGGGCAGGACCAAGCACAUAUGAAGAUCCCGAGAUCGUAAGGAGACAUCUGGUACAGCCUGAUCAAGGAGACGGCACUGCAUAUAAUGGGCCGUCCAUGUCAUUUCGGGCAGGAUCUCCAGCUGGGAAGGCGAAGCAGAACGCAGAUGAUAUAGCGCCUGGACUGGAUGACGAAGAGUUCUCGAGCUUGAAAUUGCAGGGUGGAGAUGUUACACGACCUAUCUACAGGUGGACCGAGGGAGCACAGGCAAAAGCUGGGGGGAGGAAAUCACAACGGAGUCAGAGCUUCCACCUGUCACGGCCACACCCCGAGAACGAAGUUUUGGACAUUGAGUCAAUCAAGAUCCCCGGUGGAUUCCGUAGAAAUUUUCUUCGCCGUGCUGUAGCGAGUCCUUCCCCAAUGGGUAGACGGCCAGACGAGCAUAGCGUCGGGACCCGUACCCAGCCGAAAAUGCUCACCAACAACUUCAUCGAAUUUUUAACAAUAUAUGGACAUUUCGCCGGUGAGGAGCUAGAAGAGGACGAUGAAGUCCUCGCGCCUGACGAGUACUUCUCGUCUGAAGACCAAUCGGCGAUCGGAGAAGAUGAGGGUAGUGACGAUGACAGAGAGCCGAUGGAAAGCAGCGCACUUCUCACACCAGGGCAGAAGAAGAAGAGAAGGCGUAAGGAUAAGCACGUUGAAGGGACCAACGGGUCCAUGGGCGCAGCUUUACUGCUGCUCAAGUCCUUCGUUGGCACUGGUGUUUUGUUCUUGCCCAAGGCAUACCUCAACGGCGGUAUGCUCUUUAGUAAUCUUGUCCUGGUGUUCGUCGCUGUACUGAGCUACUACUGCUUUGUGCUGUUGGUCAACACACGCUUAAAAGUAAACGGAUCAUUUGGUGAUAUGGGUGGAAUCCUCUACGGAAACUGGAUGCGAACCACUAUCUUGGUCUCGAUCGUACUCAGCCAGAUCGGCUUUGUUGCUGCCUACAUCGUCUUCACCUCAGAAAACCUGCAGGCUUUUAUCCUGGCAGUCUCGCAUUGCAAGACUCUCAUAGAUGUCAAAUGGUUGAUCUUGAUGCAGAUGGUUAUUUUCUUACCAUUUUCGCUAUUGCGAGACAUCAGCAAGCUAGGGUUUACAGCUCUGAUUGCCGAUGCGUUCAUCCUGAUUGGACUUGUCUACCUCUACUACUACGAUAUUUUGACGAUUGUCCGACAGCACGGAGUAGCCGACAUUGUAAACUUCAACCCCAAGGACUGGACACUUUUCAUUGGAACUGCAAUUUUCACAUUCGAAGGUAUCGGGCUGAUAAUACCUAUCCAAGAGUCGAUGAAGAACCCUAAGAAGUUCCCUCCCGUGCUCGGCCUCGUCAUGAUCAUCAUUAGCGUGAUCUUCAUUUCAAUGGGCGCUCUCUCAUAUGCAGCAUACGGUUCCAAAACCGAAACAGUCGUCAUCCUCAACCUUCCUCAGGACGACAAGAUGGUCAACGGUGUGCAGUUCCUCUACUCCCUCGCUAUUCUGCUCUCCACCCCAUUGCAAAUCUUCCCAGCAAUCAGGAUCACAGAAAACGAGCUGUUCACCCGCAGCGGAAAGUACAACCCAUACAUCAAAUGGCAAAAGAAUCUCUUCCGCUUCUUCGUCGUCAUGCUUUGCGCAGGAAUCGCGUGGUUUGGCGCCAAUGAUCUGGACAAGUUUGUUGCGAUUGUGGGUAGCUUUGCAUGCGUGCCUUUGGUGUACAUUUACCCGCCAAUGCUCCACUUCAAAGCCGUGUCCAAAACCCGGUUCCGCAAAGCGUGCGACGUCCUCCUUUGCAUCUUCGGCUUCGUCGUCAUGGUAUAUACCACCUCCUUGACCGUCAUCAGCUGGGCGAGCGGGGACGAGGAGCCGGGACUGCCGAGCUACUGUGACAAGAAGAAGCUCUUAGGGCUGUUCGAGUACAAGUAG